AUGAAAACUGGUGUAGGUGCACAUCAUCAAUCAUUAAUAGAUAUCGAAAAACAAAGAUGGGAAGGAAUUCUGAAAAGAAUUAUUUUAUGUAUUCAGUAUUUGGGUAAACAGAAUUUAGCGCUCAGGGGUACAAAUUCAAAACUUUUUGACAACAAUAAUGGAAACUUCUUACAACUUAUAGAAAUGAUUUCGCAAUUUGAUCCUUUAUUGUCAGAUCACGUACGUCGUGUUCAAGCUAAAGACAACAUAAUGCCACACUAUCUCGGAAAAAUGAUACAAAAUGAAGUUUUGAGCUUACUGGGAAGUAAUAUAAAAAAGAAAAUUUUAUUAAUGUUAAAAGAAGCACGGUAUUUUUCUACCAUUCUUGAUACUACACCUGAUUCCAGCCACCAAGAACAGAUGUCAAUUGUAAUAAGAUUCGUUGUACUUCAAAGCGAUGGGGGUUACGAUGUACAAGAACAUUUCUUAGGUUUUUGUGUAACGACAGACACAACCGAAGCUGGAUUGUCUUCGUACGUUUUGAACUUCUUAAAGGAAAACAACAUAAAUUAUAAACAUAUGCGUGGUCAAGGGUACGAUAACGGGGCAAAUAUGAAAGGUAGGCAUAAUGGCCUUCAGAAAAAAAUAUUGGACAUAAAUUCAAGAGCACUUUAUGUACCCUGCACCGCGCAUACAUUAAAUUUAGUGGUAAAUAAUGCUGCAGAUGUGUCAAUUCAAACAGUGGAUUUCUUCGGAAUUAUACAAGAGUUGUACACCUUUUUUUCCUGUAGCCCAAAACGAUGGAAAGUGAUGAAAGAUAAAGUUAGCGGCUUAACACUUAAACCAUUAGCAGAUACACGUUGGGAAAGUCGAAUUGAGGCAAUAAAGCCUUUACGAUUUAAUUUACCUGAAAUUCUUAGUGGAUUACAGAAAAUUUUUGAUAGUAAUGGGAAUGGAGAAGUGUCUUUUGAUUUAAAGACCAAGCAUAUGGCAUUGUCUCUCAAGAAUAAAAUGGAAAGUUUCAAAUUUAUAUGUGCAAUAGUUUUGUGGUAUGAUAUUCUUUCAAAUGUCAAUAUUGUAAGUAAAAUGCUUCAAAAUACUAAAAUAAGCUUAGUGGAUUCAACUGAAAAACUGAAAUCGCUGGAAAAGAUUCUUAUCAAUUUUAGAACCGAUGAUCAUUUUCAUAAAUUGUGCAAUUCUGCUUCUUUGGUCGCCGAAAGCAUACAGCUAGAUCCAGAUUUUCUACCGGAAUCCCGUAGGAGAAGGCGGAAUCAGUUUGACUACCAACGCGGAGAAGAAACCUUGCUAUCAUCAAAAGAUAGUUUUAGAAUAAAUUUUUUCUUGGCUGUACUUGAUAGGACAAUACAAGCGAUUCGUGAAACACAUGUUAAUUUUAACAUUUAA